AUGCCGACUGACGACGAAGAUCUCAGUACAUUUUAUGCGAAUUUACCCUCGAUUUUCGAGUCACAUUCAUCGAUAUCCAAUCUACAAUCGAACGAUGUAACGACAACACUGAUUGACAAUGAAAAACCUUAUCAGCCGAUGUUUGGCUCAUUUCUAUUUACUGACUCUGAACCAUUUACCAGAGCGGCUUUUAUCGAACCGUCUAUAUCUUCACCCACCGAAGGACGACAACAACUCGAUAAUAAUACUGUUUCACAAGCAAAUAAUUCUCCAAAUAGUAAUAAUAUCCAGACAACAUCAAUCCCAUCAUUAGCACUUCCCGAAGAUAUUGAUGAUGAAGAAGAAGAAGAAGAAGAGGAUGAUUUUGAUGGUAUUCCCAUUCAACACGCAUCCCCGCUGAUAAAACCAAAGCAUAAUGGUGAUAUGGAUUCGUUUAUAAAUCAUUCUGAACAUGAUAACACUCUCGAGGAAUUUAUUCAUCAUGUUGAAAAUAACAAUGAAUAUGACAUUGACGAUGUUGAAUCGAUUCUAAACGAUUUUCACGAUGACGAACAAGAACAAUAUGAAUCACAAGCGAUUCCUUCCUUAUUCAAAGAUAUUCCGGAUAUUGAUGACUUAAAUGCACAUGAAGACAAAGACAUAGAUGGAAUUCCAUUUGAUCAUAUGGAUAUGCUUGAUCAAUCCGAUUCGAUCCGUUCAUCAUCACCCGACUCGGUCCUAUCAUCAUCACACUUGCGUGACGACGAUGAUGACGAUGAUCUUGAUGUUGGAGAUCAAGUGAUGAAUAUUAAUGAAGAUGCAGAUGAUGAUGAUGAUGAUGUCACACAAUGGAAUGACGACUUUAUACUAAAUAUGAAAUCGACUCCACAAAAUGAUCGUCCGAAUGCUCCAUUACCACCAUCAAUUAAUUUAAAUAUUCAUCCACAUGAUCAAGUCGAUUUCAUCGAUUCCUCACGUAGUACUUCAAGAUGUUCCAAUGCAUCAUCUCGUUUAAGUGUUGGCUACGGUGAUCAAGCACAAAUAUUUAUCAACGGUCAUGAUGGAUUGGAAAGUUCAUCGGAAUCUGAUAGUGAACGUGAAGAUGAUGAUAAUCUUCAAAUUGAUUUGGAAAAUGAUUUACCUAAUUGUGAUACCGAUGAAGAACUUGCAUUACAAGUUAAUUUAGAUUAUCAUCGUUCCAAAUCAUCAUCUUCGCAUUCUUCCUCUAGCUGUAGUACACGUUCAACAUCACCUAUCGUUGAUCAAACACCUAUUGUCGACAUGGACGCCGAUAUAGUUGAGACAAAACCGAUCGAGACGGCUCCUAUUGCUCUCGCAGAUGAUGAUGAUAAUGAUGAUGAUGACGAAUUAGUUCCUUCUGAUCAACCAGUAUUACCGAUUAUAAUCCCGAGAAAUCCGUGGGAAUUAAAAUUCAACACAAGACAAAAUGAGAUUGUACGUGAUAUAAUUAAUCUGAGACAUAUUUUAAAUGAACACGAUAGUGACGAUGAAUUUAUAGCUGUUAUGCACAAUCCAUCCGUAUUCGAAGAAGUACUGCUCGACAAAGACGAACAACAGCAAGUGGAUUUAACCGAGCAAACAAAUGUUCGUUCGAGUACAUCUCAGAUAACGCCACGGCUGUUAAGUGAUAAUAAAUUUGAAAGUGAAUCAGUUGAUCAAUACCAAAAUAUAGAACCAACGGCGUCGAGUAGCGAAGAGAGCAGACCUUGGCAACAAACAACAACAAAUAAUUAUUCUGCUUCUUCUUCUGUCAAUCACCUUCUGAUCAGAAAAAGAGAAAAAGACGAAGAAGAAGAAGAAAAUGUUAGUAUUAGUAAUUGGACUAGUAUAAAGCAAACAGAAGAACAACAGUCAAGAGAAACUAUUCUUCCUAACAACGAUAUUCAACAACUGACAACUCUUGACAAAUCAGACGAAAUGAAUUCAGGCGAGGACGACAACGAUUAUAAUGAUGAUGAUUUAGAGUUACUGAAUACCCUUGCUCAAUUCCAUGGUAUUGUGCAUGCACCUAAUUUAUCGCCAGAAACGCAUUCAACGUUUAAUAAUAUAAGUCAUAAUUAUGACAAACAUCAUUUUAUCUCGAAUUUAUUAUCAACAUCGUCGAUCGAUAAAGAAGAAAAUCCGACUUUAUUCAACAAUUUACUAACAAGAAAUGAGAACGAUGAACAUUUAACUGAUCGUUUCUUAUCGACGAAUCCGUUCACAAACCAGAAAUCACAUUCUCCAGAUUUGAAUCUCAAUUCUCAUACAUCUUCCUCUUUAUCAUCAUCAUCAUCGUCGACAAAUGAAUUUACUGAUUCAAUACAAUCGUUAAAUCCAUUAGUACGCGGUGAUGUCCAAUUCACAUCUACAAAUACUGGUGAUCUUUUCGCACAAAUGACAAAAGAAAACAUGAUUUCUAAUUGGGAUAGUUUGUCGACUCAGUCAACAUAUGACAUCGUCUCAUCAAAUAUCGAUGAAAAUAAUUUGACUAAUUAUUUCUGUCAACCUUCAGAUAUGGAAGUUCCGCCACUUGCGGAAAGUCUUGUGUCAAACAUAGAUCAAUCAGCAGUUGGUGAAACGGAUCGUCAAACCGAACAUGUCGUUAAAGAAAUCUUAUCUAAUGCCAUUGAUGAAGUUUCCAAAGAACUUCCGACAAACGAUGGUCUGCAGACACAAACGAUAUUAAACAAAUCGGUUUGCGAUCCAUUUGAUGAAAACUUCAAUACUAUUUGGAGUGAACAGUUUGAUAACUAUAAUACUUCAAGUCUAUUCUCAUCUAGUCAUAGUCAACUGAUGACGGUAUCAAUGUUACUAACAAAUCCAUUUCAUUCAGAUGUUACUAUGAAUCAAAGCUGUAAAUUUCAAGAUGAUUUCGCGUCAUAUCAGAAUGAAUCAUCUUUAACCACGGAUGAGCAAGUUAACGACGGCGCAUGGCAAACAAAAAAUUCAACAGAAACGAGAAAUGCAGAUACUUCCGAAGAACCAACAAGCGAAAAUGAAAAUGAUGAUAAUCUAAAAUUCGACAAACAAGAGAAUUUCUUCAAUGAAAAAUCCCGUUUUUCUCAAUUUGAAGCAUAUGCCAGUGAUCAACCAUUGAAAACGCUUGGUAUUGGUUCUAUAGUAGCAGAGAUUGAUAGUGAAUUCAAUGACUCAUCGCAAAUGCAAGAAUCAACAACAUCGAUAGAUCGACAAUCUGAAAUGAUUACAUCUGUCGAUGGUGGUCACAAUGAUAAUGAACCUUGGGAACUUGAUGAUAGUGGUGAAGAGAAAAUUACACCUAUUCAGACAACAACUAUCUUGCAAAAAAAUGAUUCAUAUAAUAACUUCUUCUCGGAACAACAAUCAAGUGCAAUAGCAACUGCUACGACAUUACCAGCAACAACUGAAGGAUCAGAUGAUGAGAUCGAAGAAGAAAAUUAUGAUGAUUAUUUUAAUCAAAAUCAAGUCAAGGGAGAAAACGAAGUACCAUCGAAUAAAACUGUUCGAUUCGAUGAAAACAACAUUGAGAAUGUGGCUGUUCUAACACCGAAAGAUAGUCUCGAAGAAUCCGAAACACCACAAACGCCGCCUGAUUCAGAUGAUGAUGAUGACGAUGACGAAGAACAUAUAGCUAUCAAUCUUCGUAUGGCUAGUGAUCGAAUUACGGAUCAUAUGAAUGAUAAUAACAUUAACUACGAAGAAAAACCAGCUGAAGCAAUUGUGAACAAAACUGUGCUACGACCAGAAAGUGAAAUAUCUUUAGCAGAUAGCGAAGAUUUACCACCACCGUUACCACCAUUGCCACCAUUGAACAAGAAAUCAGGUUCAUCGACAGAUAACAUUCCAUCGAAGUCAUCGUCAUUAUCGUCAACCAGCGUAGAUUUAAAACGUAAUAUAAAUUCACGAACAGAAUCAGAACCGACUGCAACAAUACAAACAAUAACAACAGAAGCGAAAUUACACAACAAUCCCGAUCCACAAGCCACUCGAUCGUUCGAUUCAGGUAUUGUGAAAUAUUCUAAUCUAAUUUCUAGUUGA